AUGUACGAAAUGUCAAUCCAAGAAUUGAAUGGGAAGGCGCCGAAGAAGAGGAAAAAAUCCCUAGAUACCGUUGAGCAGGAAGCGGCAAAUGGUGGAGCGGAAGAUGUGAAAGAUAAGCCGGUAGGAGUGGAGUUGCUCCAUUGGCGUGAUAUGCCGAAGCAUCUGCAGUUUAACCCAUAUGUGCUGACCGGUUACCGGCCGCUACAGGACUGGGGUGGAUGUCUUCGCAGUCUGUUUUACUUCCACAAUGAGACAAUCAACAUUCUGACACACGGUGUAUCGUUGGUGUUCAUGGUGACGGUGCUGCCGGGCUUACUCCCGUGGGGUAGAGGAGGGGGCUGGGGCUGGUUCCUCUCCUUAUGUCAUCUGCUUGGUGCCAUGGCUCCAUGGUGCGGAUCCUUUCUCUACCACCUAUUCAUGAACCACACUAGAGGUGCCAGUUUAUACCAUAAGCUCCUCCAGUUGGAUAUGCUUGGCAUUUGGGUCAGCCAAAGUAUAGAACAAGCAAUCCUUAAUUUUGUACAUAAAGCUGCAUAUUGCAAAAAAAGUUUAUUUUUGAUUUUGUACCACGUGAAACCAAAUGACAUCAGCGUUACGGCUAUUAUAAGAACUAUACAUAUUAAUAUACAUAUUACCUAA